AUGGACAACACGGUGGUGCUUUUAAGAGGAAUGAAGGCAGAUAAAAAUCAGUAUGAGCUAUAUAAGGAAACAGCUGAUUGGCUACUAGCUCAUACUGCUCAGCGUCCAAAGAUCGCCAUCAUCUGUGGUUCAGGACUGGGAGCUUUGGCGGACACUCUACAUAACAAGACUGUCUUUCCAUAUGAGGACAUCCCUUACUUCCCACAGAGCACAGUACCAGGACACGCUGGCAGACUGGUAUUUGGGGACCUGAGUGGAAAGCCAUGUGUGUGCAUGCAAGGACGUUUCCACUUUUAUGAAGGAUAUGCCAUCAGCACGGUAACCUUUCCCAUCCGGGUGUUUUUCCUCCUUGGGGUAGAGAUCUUAAUCGUCACAAAUGCAGCUGGGGGACUUAACCAACGUUUCCAAGUUGGGGACAUCAUGUUCAUUAGAGAUCAUAUCAACAUGCUGGGCUUUGCAGGACAGAACCCACUGCGUGGGCCAAAUGACGAAAGAGAGGAACCUGUAAAACAUACCCAUCAGUGGAAUGCAAUUACAAACAAGAUAGCUAACAAAUUCCAAUAUCACUGCUCAGCGCAAGAAACUUGAGGAAAUAUCCGCAGCUGUCUCAAAACAUUUUUGGAGGCUUAUCUUGUAGCACAGCUGAGGUUUGGGGUGAGGUUUCCCUGUAUGUCAGAUGCCUAUGACAUAGACCUGUUUGGCCUAGCUAAGGAGAGUGCACAGGAGUUGGGUUACCUGGAAUUCAUCCAGGAGGGUGUAUACUGCAUGUUGGCAGGUCCCUCCUAUGAAACCAUUGCUGAAAGUCGCAUGCUCCAGGUCCUGGGAGCAGAUGCAGUAGGUAUGAGCACAGUUCCAGAGGUGAUCGUAGCCAGGCAUUGUGGCCUCCGAGUCUUUGGGUUCUCCCUGAUCACCAACAAGGUAGUGAUGAACUAUGACAGUCAAGAGAGAGCCAACCAUGAGGAAGUGCUGCAUACUUCUAGGAUCCGUGCUGCGGCCUUGCAGAAACUGGUUACAUGUUUUGUUGGCAAGAUAGGCAACAACCCAGUUACUCCAUGAUUUCCAUCCUCAAAGCCACCGACACCACUACUCUCUAGAUAUGACAUACCAAUUCAUACCUCCUUCACUGCAAAGUUUAAUUUGUAUCAGAGUGUGUUGGAGGACAGUGGUUUGGCAGGAUUCCCCUUCUGCCAUCUUGCUCGCUUAGUCUUUGACCUGUGCUUCAUCUGAGCAGGAGCACAGACAUUUUUCUGAAAUUAGGAUCAUUUCCUCAAAGAGCAGGACCACUCUGCUCUGUUCAGGAAAGGCAGACAGAGCAUGCUAACACCCACCAAAUGAAAGAUGGGUAGAUAAACUCCAGCAGGAUCCAGAUUCCAAAUGCGUGUCCUGAGGU